AUGAGGAUCCUUCUGGUCGUUUUCUUAUUAAGCGCGCAAAUUUGGGCCCAAGUUACCGUACAAACUCCGCUGGGCUCCGUUACGGGUUUCCACGUCGACUACGGGACCAACCAAUCGGCACUCUGGUACGGCAAGGCCGACAUUUUCCUCGGCAUCCCAUUUGCCGAGCCACCAGUUGGAGAUAAGAGGUUUCAGUUUCCAACCCCCAUCAGCAGCUAUCCGAAUGGGACUGUUAAUGAGAGUGGAUUCAAGCCAGCCUGCGUUCAGCCUGAUUCUGGAACUUGCUCCCCACAAAGCGAAGACUGUCUGUAUUUGAAUGUGUUUACGCCCCAGGCGAACAGCCCGCAGAAGUACCCGGUGAUGGUCUGGAUCCACGGCGGAUCAUUUGCCGGCGGAUGUGCCGCCCAGUUUCCUUACAAGGGCGCCGUGCGUAACUUGGUGUCGCGCGGAGUUGUCGUCGUCACCAUCCAGUACCGUCUGAACAUCCCCGGCUUCUUCACCACCAGCACCGACGAGUUUCCGGCGAAUCGCGGAAUGCUUGAUCAGAUCGAAGCCCUGAAAUGGGUGCAAAACAACAUCCAAUACUUUGGCGGUAAUCCAUAUUCGGUCACGAUUUUUGGGCAGUCGGCUGGCAGUAUUUCCGCUUCUGCGCAUACUUAUUCUCCACUUUCUAGAGGGCUCUUCCAAAAGGCCAUCUCCCAAUCCGGUGCAAUUUUCACGUCAUUGGAGGGCUCGCUUGGGACUUUGGAUUUAAGUCAGCAACGCGCUAUGCAGCUGUGCAACUUCACGCAAGCCGAUUGGGAUGGAAAACAAUGGGACAAACUGAAAACCUGUUUCGCUACCAUGAAUCCGGAUAAAUGGAGAAAUAUGGAUGCGGGCACCCUCUUCGGGUGGCGCAUGUUGCAAGACAACUAUUUUCUACCGGACACCCCGGAAAAUAUGAACGUCGACCGGCCAUUGAUUCCGAUUAUGCUUGGCAAUAUGCACGAUGAAUUUGCCAGUACCUGUAAGUCACCU